UGGGAUACGAACCUUGAACUUUUUUUCUUUCCUAUCGCGUUCAAUGCGAAGUCAGCUUCGACAUUGCGAUAUCUUCGUGCUUCGCAAUUAUGAAGAUAAAAGCAUUAACCCGCUCAACGGAGGCGUACCAACCCGCCGGAUCUGAUGUUCCGAAGGCACCUCGCAAUCUAGACCCGGCGAUCCAUCCGUUCGAGAGAGCACGAGAAUAUACGCGCGCCCUCAAUGCCGUAAAGCUAGAGCGCAUGUUUGCUCAGCCAUUUAUCGCACAGCUUGGAAAUGGACAUGUUGACGGCGUUUACUCCUUAGCGAAGGAUCCCAAUUCUCUCGAAAGAUUUGCCUCUGGCUCGGGCGAUGGCGUUGUAAAGUGUUGGGACUUGACGAGCAGGGACCAGGUCUGGAAAACAACCGCUCACGAGAAUAUUGUGAAGGGCAUGGCCUGGACGCCAGAUCAGAAGCUUCUUACGUGCGCGGCUGAUAGGUCGGUUAAAAUCCACGAUCCUUAUAAUACGCGUGACGAUUCGCCGCCUAUUCACUCCUGGCUCGGUACGCAUUCCUUCACAAGUUUGAGUGUUCAUAGAGCGAAGAAUGCAUUUGCGGUCUCUUCCGAUGUCAUAUCUGUCUACAACCUCGACCAGUAUACUGCUGCGCCAGAAGUUCUUCGCUGGCCCUCGUCUGGCGAGACGAUUAAUUCCGUCUCCUUCAACCAAAGUGAGACUUCGGUUCUCGCAUCUUGCUCUACAGAUCGCUCGAUUAUCCUAUACGACCUCAGAACAGCUUCGCCCCUCGCACGCACUUUUCUCAACUUUAGCUGCAACAAACUGUCUUGGAAUCCGGUGGAGCCGAUGAAUUUUGCUGCGGCGAGCGAAGACCAUAAUGUAUACCUGUUUGAUAUGCGCAAGUUUGACCGAGCAUUGAACGUACUCAAGGACCACGUGGCGGCGGUAAUGGACGUGGAGUUCUCCCCGACCGGACAAGAGCUCGUCACAGCCUCGUACGACCGGACGAUUCGACUAUUCAACCGAGACCAGGGUCAUUCGAGGGAUGUAUAUCAUACGAAGCGAAUGCAGCGAGUUUUCUGCGCUCGAUGGACGCCAGAUUCCAAAUAUGUCUUGAGUGGAUCGGACGACGGAAACAUUCGCCUCUGGAGGGCAAACUCCUCUAAACGAGAAGGUGUGAAAUCCGCAAAACAGCGACAAGCACUCGAAUAUAAUGAAGCAUUAUCCGAAAGAUAUGGUCAUAUGCCUGAGGUGAGACGUAUCAAGCGUCAUAGACAUCUUCCAAAGGUUAUCAAGAAGGCAACCGAGAUUAAGAAGGAGGAACUUAAGGCUAUAAAGCGGCGGGAGGAGAAUGAGAGGAAACAUACAAGGAAGCAAUUCGAGAAGAGGAAGAGUGAACGUGAUAAGGUAGUCCUGGCACGAGAGAAGUAAUGGCGGAUGCCAUUUCGAAUGAGCAGGUUGUCAGUCAGAUAUUCAUGAACUGCAUUUACAAGGCGUUAAGGGGUAGGGAAGACUUCGAUACCAGGCAUGACAUCGAUAGGUUGCGUCCACAUUCUUGCAACGGAUCAAAAUAUAUACUCGCUGCGGAUUUCUGCUUAACUUCAGUAAGAGACAAAACCGAGUGACUAGAUGU